CCAUUAUUAUUCUUCUCGUGAGGGUCCGAUUGUGGAUCAGCACCUGGGCGUGAUUCAUGUCCCUCGGGCAUGGAACGCUUAAAAGGAGUAGGGGAGAGUACCUCCCCACCGUUAUCUGAUACCUAUUCGACCAAAGUUCAUGGAAGGCACACAUAGACCCCUCGCUGUCCCAUUUCACAUUGCAGCAGCAGCGGCUUCGAUGCCAAUGACAUCGCCCUCCGCUCGGCAGAUGGCUGCUUGGAUGACACGCGCGCGAGGGCGGUGGGAGGAGCUACAUGUGCCAAAGUUCAAGAGACACAGUGCUUUGGCGGAUUUGGUGUUUGGAUCGGCGGCGGGUCUGACGAGCAAGUUGGUUGAGCAUCCAUUUGAUACCAUCAAAGUGCGUCUUCAGACUCAACCCGUUGGAGGAGGAGCACGUAUGUAUGCAGGUUCAUUGGAUUGCCUGCGAAAAACCAUUGCUGGCGAUGGUCCAGCUGGCCUGUUUCGCGGAAUCGCUCCACCUUUGGUCGGAUCCAUGUUGGAACACGCUGUUCUCUUCUCCGCCUAUGUCGGAUUUAAGCCUGUUGUGCACUCUGUUCUCGCGGGCGAUCCAGUUUCCAGCGCCGACGGCAAUUACACGUACACAGAUAUUGCAGUCUCGGGCGCGUUAGCAGGGGUCUUUGCAUCCUUCGUCCUGACACCACUGGAACUUAUCAAAUGCAAGCAGCAAGUGUCAGAAUCUCCCUCAUCCAGCGGUCCUGCCACGUCCCGAUCGAGUAUUGCCAUUGCCCUCGAAACACUAAAGAAGAAUGGUAUAUCCGGUCUUUUCCGAGGCCAGACUGGUACUCUCCUUCGCGAGAUGGCCGGGGGUGCUGCCUGGUUCGGAAUCUAUGAAAUCGCUUGCAACACUUUUGCCUCCAACACGCGCAAGAGAGAAGAGUUAAAGCCUUGGGAGCUGAUGCUUUCCGGUUCUCUUGCUGGAAUCGGCUACAAUUCUGCCUUGUUCCCAGCGGAUGUCGUCAAGAGCAUUCAACAGACUGAAGAGGAGAUGGCUCGCUUGAACAGCACGUUAGGGACAGCCGUGCGACGACGAGCUUUUAUGGACGUUGCGAAAGGGUUGUAUCAUGGAGAAGGUAUCAAGGGGUUUUAUAGAGGCUUUGGUGUUACCCUUUGCCGGUCCGUCCCGGGCAGCGCAAUUAUUGUGGCAACCUAUGAGCUCAUGUCAAAAUACUGUGCCGAGUAGUCAGGGGGUAGUAUAGGUUGGAUGAUAUCCCUUUUUUUUGGCUUUUGCGCAAUGUACAUAGGUAGAGAGAUUAGAUACGUCUUCAGGAUUAGACUAGUCAAUACAUUUGUCCAAUUAUGAUUUAUUUCUGGCUUGACCCUUUCAGC